UAGUAUAUUAGUUUUUCAAUGAAACACAAAUUUGAUUGGAUGUUUUCUAUUGAUUUUUUAUAAUUAACCAAUAACACUCGAACUAUUUCAAAGUCAUUAAAUUGAAAUGUAUACAAAUAUAAACGCGAAUUUGUUUUAACGUGUGUCACGUUUGUGUAUCGACUUUUUAUUUUGAUUUAUCCCUGUCAAAGAGGUCGUUUUUUUUGUAUGUUUUAUAGAUAAAUAGCUUCAUAAAUAAAGUUAAAUUUUUACAAUUAUGAGUGUCUUACGAGAAAAAGUCGACACUAUUAACAACAAGCCAUUACCUCAAUUAGAAUCGAAAGUUAUUUCACCAGAGGAAGUGUUGAAAUUAACAAAAAUUACUGAUACCUAUUUGUGUGAUCCCGAUGCAAACAUAUAUGAUAUUGACUUUACAAGGUUUAAGUUACGGGAUUUAGAAAGUGGGGCAAUACUUUUUGAAAUUGCUAAACCAUUGCCAGAAAGUGUUGAGGACGGUGGGGAUAAACAUAUUGAAAAUGAGGAGAUAUUGGAUCCAAAUGCUGGGCGAUUUGUUCGAUAUCAGUUUACCCCUCAAUUCUUAAAAUUAGCAACUGUUGGAGCAACGGUUGAGUUUACGGUUGGCAGUAAACCUGUCAACAAUUUUAGGAUGAUUGAACGGCACUUUUUCAGAGAUAAACUAUUGAAAACGUUUGAUUUUGAAUUUGGAUUUUGUAUACCAUACUCUAGAAACACAUGUGAACAUAUUUAUGAAUUCCCUUCAUUAGCUCCUGAACUAGUUAAUGAAAUGAUAGAGAACCCUUUUGAAACAAGAUCGGACUCCUUUUAUUUUGUGGACAAUUGUCUUAUAAUGCAUAAUAAGGCUGACUAUGCUUAUAAUGGUGGUAUGUCAACAUAGCAGUAAAUUUUGUAUACAGGGUUUUUAAACACAAUAAUUUUGUCUAAAUUUUUGACGUUUGAGAUAAAUUUACACUACAAGUAAGUUUAAGCAAUCAUGUAAGUUAAUAAUAUGGGCACAGGAAAAUUUCUUGGAAACAUUACAUGAUCAAGAAUGCUGUCACUGUCUAUAAAACUCAUGAAUGCCAAUUUAAAUCUAUGUUUUUUUAUAAGAAUGGGCAUUGUAAGUGUUUGGAGAAAACAUUUGAUAAGAACAUAGUAUGAAACUAUUAAAAACCUUUAAAAUUCACAAAUUUACAAUUCAAAAUAUCAUGUUUUUUUAUUUUAUGGUAAAAUUACAUUUCAAAUUAUUUUAUUGCAAUAGAAGUAAAGUAAAACGUUCUUAUUCUUAAUAUGCACAUGGUACGGCAAUAGCAUUAUGUCUAUUGUAAUUUAUUAUAAAGGGUCACUGUAAUGUUAGUGGAAUAGUAGGGGAGACCGGGGCUAGUUGUCACACUUUUUGGUUCUGGCUCUGUAACUCAGACACAUUUUAUUUUUUUUUAAACCAAACUUUCUCCAACCAAUGUGUGACAUGUGUGAUUUGUGUGACAACAUGCCCCUAGAUGGGGCAUGUUGUCACAGUACCUGGGGAAAAUUGUCACAGGAUUACAAAAAUAAAGUAAAUAAGAAAUAGAACGAUUUUAUUCAAAUAAGAACUCACAAACUUAGAAAGAACUACAUAUCAUCCUCAAUGGCGGUUCUAGACCAAAAAAACUGGGGGGGGGAGGGCAAGUCACAAUAGAUUUUGAGUGACCGGUUUACAAAAGUGAUUAUAGUACAAAAAGUCCUGUAAAAACUGCCCCCUGCCCCGGGCUAGAACCGCCACUGAUCGCCCUCCGAGUUACAAUAAUUGUGGCACACAUAAAAUUCGUUUCCAUUGGUGCAGUCUGUAUGUGUCCAUUGUUUGCAUGCUAUACAUUGGAUCUAACGUUCAAUAGAAGCACUAUAAACUUAAGAAGUAAGAAGAAUUUCUUACUUCAAUAGGUGUUAAACCAAAGUACAUAUCAGAAGCUUUUUUCAAAUAUUUUUCUAGUUCGAUUUCUUCCCUCUCACAGAACACGAGUCGAGAUUUUUUGUAUUCCAUUUGGACAGUUCUAUUGGUCUCUGGCGUUCUUUUGAUAAAUCUUGUUAAACUCCGAUAAUGUAUACCGUGCAGCUUUCCUAAAAGAUAUUAUAUGUUCCUAAUUUUUUAUAGCUUCUGCUGCUCUCAAGAAAACAUCCAAAAGUACUCGAUGGGUCUUUCGCUUGUAUGUUCUAACCAUCUGAAAGUAAUUAGGUAUCAAAAGCAAUAACAAUUGUUUAUUACAUUAUAUGUAACAUAUUAAGUUUUACUGAGCUGCUACCAAAAGCAGAGUCUGAGCAAUAAUUAUGUUAUUUGUAAUACGGAUUAUAGUCUCAGAACGGCAACACUAUCGUUGUGUAAGCAACUAGGUAGGUAACUAUAAAACAAUCAUGUUAAUCCCGUAGGCAUUAAAUCGCUUAUUCACAAAUACGUGUACUUUUGACAAAUCCAUAAAUGAUUUACCCUUUAUUCUGCACCAAUCUAACUUGAUUUUAAUACGUUCUAAAAUCAUUUCAACAAAUUUAAAUGCUGCGGAGCAAGUUGUCACAGUGACAUCUUGCCCCGUAAAAUUUGUGACAACUAGCCCCACAUAAGCUUCCGUAACUGAAUGUCAAAUCAAAAAUAUUCAAAUGAAUAAAUAUAUUAAAAUAUGCCUACAUGCUAGUCUACAAGAUUGACAGUACCCUUUAAAAUAUAUUUUUCUUUCCUUGGUUUCACAAAUUUACUCACAGAACGAGAUGAUUGAAUAUUCAAAAUUUUACAUGAGAAGCGCCAAAACACAUUUACACAAAUAAGAGAAAUAAUUACUGGCCGAUCUCUGAAAUAUUUUGUGUGGAAUUGGUGAUUAAUAAGACCUUUCGACUGUAGAUGGCACAGCGUGUUAAUUUCACAAAUUUGGUAAAAAUCGGCAUUGUGACAACUUAUCCCUGUGACAACUAGUCCCGGUCUCCCCUACACCAGAGCGAAUUUUUGGAUGUGAGAGGUGGCAUUCAGAUUUUUACAGAAAAGUUAUAUGAUAACUUCAGUAAUAAUAAUUGACUUAUGCUACCUCUCAAAUAUGCCCGGAACAUUAAUAAAAAAAUAAAAAUAUUUAAAAAUUGUAAAAAUAUAAUUUUUUUUACUUUCUUUGCUUAUAACUUUAAAAUGAUUAAUUUUGGUGCAAAGUCGUAGCGAAAUAAAAUAAAUAUAAUUAAAUUUUCUAUGAGAUAAGACUAUUUAUAUAUUUGUCUUAAUUUAUUAUCUUUGCUGAAAAGUAGCAAUAAAUACAAAAAAGGGGAAAACAAGCAUGUUCUUAUUCAAUGUUUUUCAACAACUUAAAUAUAAGUCUAUUUUUCACUCAAAAAGGAACUAUUUUCAGUUUGAUCUGUCUUGCAGUGUAUAUAAUAAUAGGUAAUCAGCUAAUUCUUUUAUUCCUCACCAAAUCAAUGAAAGUCAGCAUAAUUUUACAGUUUUGGAUCCCAGAAAUAUUUUAUUUAUCGAAAAUGUUCUUUGAUAAACUUUCCUGUAGCCUAUGGAAUUAUUUAAGUUACACAAUUUUAAGCACAAACACUGCUUUAAUAAAAGAUAUUCACGUGGUGCGCUUGACUAAGAGUGUUUUAGAAAUUUUAUGAUAAAUGUAGAGCUUUUAUUGAUAAAAUACGUACUGAUGACGAAACAUUGUUAUAUUUGUUUAAUCUUGAACUACUAACUCACUAAAAGAUUAGUAUUGCUAUUUUUUAGACAAUUAACAUUAAAUUGUCAAUUCCUAGCUAGUCAAGUAGUAUUGAAAGGCGAAACUUUUUCCUUCUAUAUUUUGUUUUACAGAAGUAUCUCUCGAGUUAUAGGCGAAAAUAUAGGCGCAAAAAGUAAAAAUUUCCAAUUUUUUUUCAGGUUUUGUUCAAUAAAGAAUUAAGCACAAGGUUUACGACUGGCGCACAUCGCUAUAUCGAAAAUUAUCAACUCAGUUCAAAAGAAACAACAAAAUAAAAAAAUCAAAUUGAAUUAAAAUUUGUGGUACUUUGUUUUUUAAAGUACUAAAAGCUUUUUACCAUAUAUGUCAAUGGUAUUAAGGUCUGGACUUUGAGCAGACCAGUUCAUUCUUGGAAUAUUAACAUCUUCAAGAUACUGUUCUACAAUCCUUACCGUGUAUGGUCUAGCAGUAUCUUGUAUUAGCAGGAAACCAUUGCCAAUAAACCCAGUAUAUGUCAUCACACGAUGUGAAUCUCCGUGGUGUAUCUGUGCCCUCUUAAUUGAGACGAGAUCCUCGUAUGCGUCAGAAGAAAUAUGUGCCUAAUAAAUUAUUGAACCACCAUCAAAAGCAACCCGUUGUGAUCAAGUGCAGGCAACAUAACGUUCUCCAGCAUUUCUGUAGACCAUAUUUUUACCACCUUUACCAUAAAUUGAUAUUACAUACCCAUCUGUAAAUAAUACUUUUUUCCAAUCGUCUAUUGUUCAAUUGACUUAUUCACGGCCAAAUGCAAGUCUGUGUCUUUUGUGAGCAGCAUUAAGUAAUGGCCCCAUUGCUGGAGUGCAAGGUGUCAAAUCCUGUUCUCUUAACCUUCACCGAACAGCAGAAACUAUGAUUUUUGGUCCUUGAUGAAGAAAUCGUUGGUAAGUUCUUUGCUCAGUUGAUGACUAACAUUCAAUUGUCUUGUCACAUCCCUUUGGUUUGCUUCACUUUCCAGCAAUGUAACAAUCUAAACAGACUUUCUCGAUAUGUUUCCAUCGUUAUUAAUAUAUACACUUCAUUGUAAGGAGCCCAGUGUAAUACAAAGAUAUCUCAGAAACUCUUUAGAACACUACAAUAUUUCACACAGUUCUUAUAAUAAUCAAUUCCGUGACACUUUGUUGAUUCGUAAAUAACCAGUUCUAAGAAUUUUAUGGAUUAAUAGGUUUUGCGAAUUGCAAUGGUUUCUAAAAUCCAUCAUUUACUAAACUUUUUUCUUAAUAUAUUUAGUGAGUUAGUAGUUUAGGAAUAUUUGUGUUUUUUAUAUUUUUUAUAAUAAAUUGUGAAGUGGAAUACAAUAUUUUAAUAUAUACAUAUGUGAUAAAAGUGUUUUAAUCCAGAAAUUUAUGCAUGAAUCAAAAAUUAUAUUGUCAUUUACACGAAAAUUGUAACGGUUGUACUUAAAUGUUUUGUAAGUUACUUUUUAAUUAAUCAAUUAAUCAAAGCCCAUUUUAUGAAAAACUUUUAUAAAAAUUUUAUAUAACCCAGUUUUGAGAAAGCUCCGUUACUUCCGAACAGCGUAGGCGCAAAAUUUCGGGCCGAUGCUUUUUAAAUGCAUUCACUUUUUCCGAAUCCGGAAAAAACUAAUAAAUAUUUUUGAUGGAUUUCUUUUGAAUGAUAUAUUUGAAAUUAAAAAUCACACUCAAUUUUCUCUUCUUUUUCACUCCUGUAACUUAUAGACCUUAUAGAAGUUUUCAGGGGCUUUCGGCGCUCGGUAAUAAUGUAAUCUUUCAUUCUGCGUUUAAAUUUUUCAAAAAUAUUUAUUAGUUUUUUCACGAUUUGAAAAAAAUUUGUAAAGCAUUGGCACGAAAUUUUGCGCCAAUGCUCUUAAAAAUUAUACUCGAUCAAACAAUAACGCAUAACAUUUUAUUUCUUUACUCAUAACGAUUUAGGUACCUAAUAUUAAUUCAUUUAGAGUUAUGUGAUUUUGGUUCACAUGAUAAUACAUUCCAUUAUUAUAAAUAAAACAUAUACAGUGAUGAGCACACUAAUAACCGGCAAAAUAACGCAAAAGAUGGAAAACAUAUUAAGUUGUGAGAUAAAAAGGGAUGAACUUAGUGGGGGUGUUAAAUUUAGCAAUAGUAACUUAAAAAUUGACAUUAUAUUGAUUGUUUCCCACCUUUAGACGUAUCGGAAUAGUUUGAGAAAUGCCACUGUCACAGUGGCAGUUUUAGUUGACACACUCCUUUGAUACGUCUAAAGGUGGGAAACAAUCAAUAUAAUGUCAAUGUAUAUAUUACUAUCGCUAAUUUUAACACCUAUACUAGUUUUAUUUCUUUUUAUCUCACAAUUUAAUAUGUUUUCCACUUUUUGCGCUAUUUUGCCGGUUAUUAGCGCGCUCAUCACUGUAUACAAGUUAACCUUAUGUAUUACACAUUGAAAUACACUCAUGGAUAAAAAUAUUAAAUAUUUUGAAAUUAUUCCUCCUCUAUCUUUUCUCUUUUGUAAUAAUGUAGUGGUGUCGGUUAAUUUGUUUAACUAUUUAUGUCUAAUUAUCUCUCUCCUGUGAGUGUUAUUUUGCUUCGGAGAAAAGUAACCAGUCCUGUCCCUUAUUUGGUCCGACCAUCGUACUGGAGAUCUUCCUCUGGAUCUUUUGCCCUCUACGUUGCCUUCAACUAUCAUUCGUUCCAUGCCUUCUCUUCUUCUAGUUAUAUGUCCAAAAUAUCUCAGUAUUCGCGGUGUGCAAGUACUUGGAAAGGGAAACGAGAAACGACCGUGCGCGAGUCGCGGAGAAAUAUUGCAACUAUCUUAAAUAAUUCAUAUUGUCAAUUGAAAUUGUCAAAUUGACGUAUAUUUCAUACCUUCUGUCAUUGACGCAGAAAAAUUAUAUAUUGCUCCACAAUAUUGAUAUGAUAUGCAAUUUUUAUAUAAAGGUAAAUUUAUUUAAUUGUAUUUUGCUUGCAGUACUGCAUUUUAAUAACUGAUUUUAUUUACUACAUACAAUUGUUUACGUUUGCUAAACAUAACCUGCAUCUUAUUUUUUCUUCUUAUUAUUUUUUUGGACUAUGGUCUUGACAAUUAUACAGCAACCAGGACUAAUAUAAUUGGCCAAUAUAAUUAAAAGUGCGAAUAAAAGUACAGAGCGUAGAAAUAGAGGUCGCUUUGCCGAACUUGCACGGUCCCAAUAUUUUGGUUGAUAGUUGUGGUGAGUCUAGUUUUUAUGUAAAAUUCUGCUAGUAUUGAAUUAUUUGUGCGAUGUGAGGUCCAUGGUAUGCGCAAAAUUCCACAGUAGACCCACAUUUCAAAUGCCGUUAUAAGAUUCGAAUCUGCUUUUUUGAUUGUUCAAGUCUGUGAUGCGUAGGUGGCGAAAGGAAAUAUUAAUGCUCGAACAAGGUGUAAUGUUUUGUUUUUUGUAAUGACAGUGCUUUCCCAUAUUUUUGUGAGUUUGGCAGUUGCCGAUCCGGCCAUUGUGAUGAGUCUACCGAUCUCGUCUUCGCAUCUUCCACUGUUGGAAAAGACGGAGCCUAAGUAAUUAAAUUGUCUGACUACUAAUUUGUAUCUAAUUCGCUGUUGUGUCUGCGUUCGUUACGCAAGGCAUUAUAUCACAUGAAGGGUUUGGCGUUCUGACACUACUAAUUUAUUGAUUUUUUGAAGUUAUACUUCUUUAGGCGCGAUUGAGAGUAAAAUUUUAUAAUACUGCGCGCAUGCGCACACAGACAGUAUGGUGUUUAGAUGCUAAAUAUUUCAAGUUAUGUAUAAAUAUAUCAGUGCAAGAGAAGGUGUGAAAAGAAUAUAUUUAGUCGAGGCAUUGAAGGAUUGAAGUGUCGAUUUUUUUGCAGUAAGACGGAUUUUAAUGCGGAUUGGUGCGUUGGAUUCGUGAGAAUGUCAGGAAAUUUUGUGAACUAAUGUAAUGAAUAGAAAAUCUCAAAUUGCAUUUGUGCAUAAGAAAAAUGCAUUUCAAAAGUGCAUUUUGAAGGCAAUUAUUAUGUGCAGGUACCUACAUGCUUUUGUGUUUACGAAUGUUUUGUAUAAAUGUACUUAUUUACGAAUGUUUCUUCUAAAAUUUAGGAAUGUAUUAAUUUUAUAAUACAUUUAAGUAUGUAGUAAUUUUCUUUACAAUUUUUACUUACCUAUUUGUUUUUUUAUACCUAAUAUCGCCCGUGUCUAGCAAGUGUCUGCGUAUGCUAACGGUAUGUGUAUCUAGUUACGGGCGUGUUAGUACUUGGUUCGAUUCCCCAUAAGGAAAAAUUUUUUGUUUAUUAUUAAUAGUUAUUGACAUCUUAGACUAUUAUAUGGACUUAAAAAAUGAUUAAAAAUAUUUAAAAUAAUUAAUCGGGAUGUUGCCCAACUAUUUACCGAGUUGCAAAUUUAUAAUAAUUGCCUAUUUCAAAAUGCACAUUUGAAAUGCAUUUUUCUUAUGCACAAAUGCAAUUUCAGAUUUCUUAUUCAUUACAUUAGUUCCCAAAAUUUCCUGACAUUCUCACGAAUCCAACGCACCAAACUGCAUUAAAAUCCGUCUUACUGCGCCAAAAAUCGACAGUAAGUCCUUUUUUGUGCUUCAAUGCCUCGACUAAUUAGUGUUUUUAGUAAAUAUAUUUAUUAUAAUUUUUGUGUCUUUGGAUUUGUCUUCCUCGGGAGUAAGAUGAGUAUUAUUAAAACAUUUUAUUGUAUAUUUAUUAUACUUCACCUUAUCUGUUUGUUACCGUGAAUCGUCAUUAGGUACGUCCGAACCGAUACAGACACAGUCCUCGUAGCGUAUUUGAUAUAGCAUUCGGCUAGAGAUCGAGAGGUCUUGAGUUCGAAUCCGGAGCAAUCCUAUACUUUUUUUUAUUUUUUUGAAAGCGGUAAGCACAAAAUUAGUUUGGUGUUUAAAAAAAAAUUAAAAUAAAGUGUUUAAAGUAUAUUUAUUUUUAAGAAAUCAUAUAGUAGAAGUAUAACUUCUUACGUGCGUACAAAGUACACACACAUUCUUUUUUUUUUUUUUGUUAAUGGCCAUGUUCCGCGUUCGUAGCAGCUGUUGGUCGUAUUAUGAUCUUGUAGACUUUGAAUUAGAAGUUUUAAUCUCAUUAGAUGUUGAAUUGUUAUUUGUACCAGACCGAUAUGUAAUCCAGCUUCUUCAAAACUUGCGAGAAAAUAAUUGAAUUGUGCUACCUUUUUUUAUGGCAAGGAGGUGGUAAAUCUUCUAAGACCGUGCCAGGCCGUGUACGGUAAAAUAGAAGAGAGAAGAAAUAAGGAAGUUCGUAGACAAACCGGAAUGUUAAACGUUUUCGAAAGUAUUACAAGACAAAUACGGAAUGUUGAUGGGAAUGUUGCAAGAAUGCCCGGGAAGAUCUCAAAUGCGAUGGCCCGACGACCUCCAAAAAACUGCGACCAAUUGGAUAGCAGAGGCGCUGAACAGAAAUAGAUAGAAGAAUCUAGAGAAAGCCUAGAUGAUGAUAUUUCAAUGCUAGGUUAAGUAACAAUGGGGACAGCGGAUUUCCCUGUCUUAGUCCAGAGUUUACGCACAAAUAAUUUUAUUAUUCACCUCCAAAAACCUGCGACCAAUUGGAUAGCAGAGGCGCUGAACAGAAAUAGAUGGAAGUAUCUAGAAAAAGCCUAGAUGAUGAUAUUCCAAUGCUAGGUUAAAUAACAAUGGGGACAACGGAUUUCCCUGUCUUAGUCCAGAGUUUACGCACAAAUCAUUUUAUAUUUUCCCUUCUAUUCUAACUUGUGCAAAGGAGUCAUUUACACUCAUUCGCGUUAGCGCAGCAAGUUUCUUAGGUCAUCCCAUCUCAACUAUUGCUCCAAAUUCUUUUCAAGCAUUUGUCGAGUAGUAAAUUUUAUCAAUUGUCAAUCUUUCAGGCCUGAAGCCACACUGCUAGUCACAAACUAUUUCUUCGGCGUAGUAUAGUAACGUUUGUAGCAGACGUAGAGCUAGUAUUUUAUACAUAGAUUAGUGAAAUUUCUCUGUAGUGGUCAUUGAGUAAUUUUUUCCAUUUUUAUGUAUUGGUAUAAUAACGCCACACGCCACACUAUUCCUUCGGCAUUAUUUCUUGUUCCCAUGUCUUUACUAUUAUUUGAUUCAUUUUACUUAUAAAUUCAUGUCCCUCUUUUUAAUUUGGUCUGCAUCAAUAUUGUCCUGACCCGGGAUUGGUCGUUUUUAGGUUUUUUAGAGCAUUACUAAUUUAUUCUAGGUUUGACGAGGUUAUAUAACUGAUAGACCAAACAUAACUUAGUUAACUUAAGGAAAAACGGAGCUUUAUGAAACCCUAAGUAUAAAAUGAGCUUAUGAUAGAUAUUACCUAAUCAAUAUAAAAUUGAGCAAUAUAAGACUUUUAGUGAUAAAGGUCAAAAAUAUGUAGUAUCAUCUAAAAAUAUAAUUAAAAAUACGUUA